UCCGUCUCCCCCGCCCUCUGGCAGGAGGCGGGCUGGGGCGGGCUUUCGCUGAGGCUCCGCCCUCCAGCCUUCGCCGGACCAGGCCUCUAGGUGCUUCACCCGGAGCUGGCAGAGCCGGGGGAAGGGCGCCUUAGGGCAGAGGCGGACCCUUCGCGCGGUGGAGAGAAAGUGACGGGGCCGCCCUUCGUUGUCAGCCAGGAACGAGGACGCAGCGGCGCUCCCACCGAGCUGCUGUCGAUCCCGACGCCGCCGAGAUGGCAGCUGCCGGCGCCCGAGGCCUGCGGGCCGCCUACCACCGAUUCAUGGAUAAAGUGGAGAUGUUGCUGCCAGAGAAAUUGAGGCCGCUAUACAACCACCCGGCAGGCCCCAGAACAGUUUUUUUCUGGGCUCCAAUAAUGAAAUGGGGAUUGGUGUGUGCAGGGUUAGCUGACAUGGCCAGACCUGCAGAGAAACUCAGCACAGCUCAAUCCACCGUACUGAUGGCUACAGGGUUUAUUUGGUCAAGGUACUCACUUGUAAUUAUACCAAAAAAUUGGAGUUUGUUUGCUGUUAAUUUCUUUGUGGGGUCAGCAGGAGCCUCUCAGCUGUUUCGUAUUUGGAGAUAUAAUGAAGAACUCAAAGCUAAAGGAAUCAAGAGUUCCUGAUCACCUGAACAAUCCAGAUGUGGACAGAAACAUUGGAACCUAGUUUAUUUAAUUAUUGAUAAGGUGAUACUAUCUUCUGGUAACGUCUGAAAAGAUUGAAAAAGAAACCUAACUGUAAUUAAUAACUAGCACUUGACUCCACAGAAAAAUAAAGCAAACUUUUAAUAACGGUCUCUCUA